AUGUCAACUGCAGAAAGAGCAAAACAGCUUGUGGGCAACGUUGUUGUGACAAACCCAACUCUGAAAGAAAAAAGAGAAAGUGAUCGUCCAUACAAGUGUCCAAUAUGUGGCAAGGCAUUUAGGAGACUCGAGCACAGAACAAGACACAUCAGAACGCACACAGGUGAGAAACCUCACAAGUGCACUUUUCCAGGAUGCACAAAGAGGUUCUCGAGGUCGGAUGAGUUGACAAGGCACAUGAGAAUCCACACAAAUCCAACAGUGAGGAAGAAGAGAGGUCCAAGAAAGAAGAAUGCUUAUGGGAACAAGAUCGAGGGCCAGCAGCAGGGUGUGCCGAUUGCAAUGCAGGCACAGAACGGCAUGCAGGCGGUGCUGAUGCCGAUAGGAUAUGAUAUGCAGGGCAAGCCGAUAUAUCCCCAGCCGGUGCCUAUAUACAUUCUUCCGGCGGGUUCUGUUCCGGCUAAUCUUGAUUUCCAGAUGCAGGGGCAGCAACUUCAGCAGGUUCAACAAGUGCAACAAGUUCAACAGGGUCAGCAGGGCCAGCAAAUUCAGCAAAUUCAACAGAUUCAACCAAUCCAACAAAUUCAACCAAUCCAAAAGUCUCAACAGUCGCAGCAGACUCCUCAACACAUAUUCCAGCCCGUUAUGGCUCCUGGCAGAGUGAGAAAGCAGAUCCAGGGACCAGCUCAGAGUGCUAUCCAGGGACAAAACCAGCAGUUGCCAAGGCCAGUGUUGUCUCCCCGGUCUGCCAAGGGCGUCACAAGGUCGUUCAAAGGCAGUGCAGGCCUGGGAACGGUCCCCGAAGAGAUCAAGAAGCAGUGCAAGUACCGGUCGAGCUCUUCGCUCUCGAACUUCUUUGCACCUAGAGCCACAAGCUUCGAGUUCUCUCCUCCGCAGUCCGGGUUGUCGUCCAGGACCAACUCGACAAACUCGUUGCGUUCUUUGGACUCGUUUGCCAACUCUUCGUCCUCGACCACGCUUUCAUCAUCUUUCAACACGUUCAAGGGCUCUCUCUCAUCCUUGCACAAGUUGACUCCCCUCCGGAGUGUCAAGAGCCGCCAGGACGUGCUGUUGAAGUCUCACACGACAAUUUCGCUCUCCACGUUGGUCAACAAGGACGAUGAGGUCGCCGUGCACCAAAACAAGAAGUCCAGGCCCAACUCGCCGACUCUCAGUGCGUCGACGAGCUUUUUGGGACACCCCGACGGUAUUCUGGGUGCUGCACACAGGCCUGCAGCAGUUUUCAACAUGACUUCUCCUCACGAGACUCCGCUUUCCACCCCAACGCAGUCUCCUACUUUGAAACCUAUGAAUGUGCCCGGAUCCCUAACCAGAAGCAUCCCUCUAGACUCUGUGUUGAAUAGUAAGAACGACAGCCAGAAUUCCACCAAUAGCAGCAGCAGCAGCAGCACAAGCUCGAGUGCUUUGGGAAUAAACGUCAAGCCACUGCCCCAGUUCCACUCGCAGUCCUCCGUUCAGCUUCCAUCUCUAAAAUCGAUGCUGGGCCCGCUCGAGAAACUGGAUAAGAAGCUUUCUGAUGGCAAGUCCAUCAAAAACGACCCGGACGAGCGUAUGAAGCAGAUCUUGAACCGGUCCAUGUCUCACGACAAUCUUUCUCUGCUUCCAACGAGAGAGAAGUCCGGCAUGAACUUGAGCUCCUUGAACGAGGGCCAAUAG